UUUUUUUUUUCUUGUAGGUCCAUUCCAUUACAUUGCUCUUCUUUCAGCCUCGUCGCCGUUCGCCGUCUUCUGGUACCACCGCGUCGUCUACUUGGCACACCUGCUCUACCUCACCUCGCGUAUUUAAGUAAAACAACACCGGCGAUACCGCAAAUCCGUACAUCACCUGCAAGGAAUCAGGAGCGUCGUUCGCGAUAGUACCAGCAUACCUGCACCGGACCUCGAGGGCUCCGUUCCCUGAGGACAUACAGCAUGGCGGCGGAACAGCGAAAGCUGCUUGAGCAGCUCAUGGGCGGCCCCCAGACCUCGCGCGCGGCCCAAGUCUCCCUCACCGACCCCAAAGUGUGCCGCUCGUUCCUCGUCGGCACGUGCCCGCACGACCUCUUCACGAACACGAAGCAGGACCUCGGGCCGUGCCCCAAGAUCCACGCCGAGUCGCUCAAGGCCGAGUGGGAGGCCCUGCCGGAGCCGGCGCGGCAGAAGUACGGCUUCGAGAUCGACUACAUGCGCGACCUGCAGAAGUACAUCGAGGAGUGCAACCGGCGGAUCGACGCGGCGCAGCGGCGCCUCGAGAAGACCCCCGACGAGAUCCGCCAGACCAACGUGCUGCUCAAGGCCAUCGCCGACCUCGCCGCCACCGUCAACUGCGGCCUGCACGAGGUCCGCGUGCUCGGCGACCUCGGCGAGGUCAGCCGCGCCUGCGACGAGUUCUUCCGCGUCCGCCAGGCCGCCCAGGCCAAGGCCGAGCGCGAGCGCGAGCUCAAGGCCCUCAGCGACACCAGCGGCCCCUCCGGCCACCAGAAGCUCCAGGUCUGCGACGUCUGCGGCGCCUACCUCUCCCGCCUCGACAACGACCGCCGCCUCGCCGACCACUUCUACGGCAAGAUGCACCUCGGCUACGCCCAGAUGCGCAAGACCUACGACGCCCUCCCCAAGGACCUCCGCGGCUCCGGCCGCGGCCCCCGCGCGCCCCUCCCCGACGACGGCCCCGGCAUGCGAGAUGACGGAUACGGCGACGGUGGGUGGAAGGGCGGGCCUAGAGGGCCCAGACGCGGCGGGUACGGGGGCAGGAGCGGACGCGGGUUCCGUGGUGGCUGGUGAAAGGAGAAAAGCGAUUUAUAUUAGACGUGGGAUAUUUUUUGGUUCGUAUUAUGCGCAAUGCUGCGACGCAUCCGAUGGAGUUCCUGGUGUUUGGGUAAGAGUUGGUUGCAGACUACGGUUACGAUACCUCAAUAAUCAUUACGAAUAGGCGGAAAUAAUGGGCUAGUCAUCCACAAAUGCACAUCUCUGUCU